AUGCACAGAGCAAGCUUUGAAGCCAGGAUUGGUGGGAGGCAGAGUGAGGCACAAGGUGUGAUGCUUGGCCUGCCGCAAUCCGAUGAGUUGGUUUUCUUUGUGAAUGGGAGGAAGGUGAUAGAGAGAAAUGCGGACCCAGAAGUCACUCUGCUGACCUUCUUACGAAAGAACUUAGGUCUCACAGGAACCAAGUACGCCUGCGGCAGAGGGAGCUGCGGCGCCUGUACCGUGAUGGUGUCUAAGUGUGACCCUGUGUCCAAGAAGAUAAGACACUUCUCCAUCAUCGCAUGCCUGGUGCCCAUCUGCUCUCUCUAUGGAGCUGCUGUCACCACUGUGGAAGGUGUGGGAAGCAUCAAAACCAAGCUUCACCCUGUGCAGGAGAGGAUCGCCAAGAGCCACGGCACCCAGUGUGGAUUCUGUACCCCUGGGAUGGUGAUGUCCAUGUACACACUGCUCAGGAACCACCCGCAGCCCUCCGAGGAGCAGCUCAUGGAAGCCCUGGGAGGCAAUCUGUGCCGCUGCACUGGGUACCGGCCAAUUCUCGAGAGUGGAAAGACCUUCUGCAUGGAGUCGAAUGGCUGUCAGCAGAAGGGAGCAGGAGAAUGCUGCUUGGCUCAGGGAGAAGAGGAUCCUUCCUCACUCGGCAGGAGCAGCGACAUUUCCACAGAGUUAUUUGCGAAAGACGAGUUCCAGCCCUUGGACCCUACUCAGGAGCUCAUAUUCCCCCCAGAACUCUUGAGACUGGCAGAGAACCCAGAAGAAAGAACCCUGACCUUUCAUGGAGAAAGGGUUACAUGGAUCUCCCCUGGGACCCUCAAAGAUCUCCUGGAGCUGAAAGUGAAGCACCCAGAAGCGCCUCUCGUCCUGGGCAACACCUCACUGGGACCUGCAAUGAAAUCUCAAGGACAUGUUCACCCAAUUCUCCUCUCUCCUGCGAGGAUUUCAGAGCUGAGUAUGGUGUCUACAACAAGUGAGGGACUCACCAUAGGCGCCGGCUGCAGCCUGGCCCAGGUGAAGGACAUCUUGGCUGAGAGGGUGUCCGAGCUCCCAGAGGAGAAAACGCAGACCUACCGAGCCCUCCUGAAGCACCUGAAGAGCCUGGCGGGCCAGCAGAUCCGGAACAUGGCGUCCUUAGGGGGACAUAUCAUCAGUCGGCACUGCUAUUCAGAUCUGAACCCAAUCCUGGCUGUGGGCAGCGCUACCCUCAAUCUGAGAUCCGCAGCAGGAGGCGCCCGGCAGGUUCCGCUAAGCGAGCACUUUCUUGCCGGGUUGGCGAGUGCAGACCUCAGGCCCGAGGAGGUUCUGGAAUCUGUGCACAUCCCUCACUCUCAAAAGGGGGAGUUGGUGUCGGCCUUCCGACAGGCGCAGUGCCAGCACAACGCCUGGGCCCACGUGAACGCGGGCAUGCGGGUCCUCCUCAAGGAGGGCACCGACACCAUCGAGGACCUGAGCAUCGCCUUCGGGGGGCUCGGGGCGGCCACCGUCAGCGCCCGCCAAUCCUGCCAGCAGCUCCGAGGGAGAAUCUUCACCCAGGACGGCCUUCAAUAUCCUGACGUCUCAGACCCCUUCCUUAGUGCGCUGGAAGAUUUCUCGGUCACAGUGCCCCAGGGAGUCCAGAAGUACCAGAGUGUGGACUCUCGCCAACCCCUCCAAGAUCCAGUGGGACGUCCCAUCAUGCACCUAUCAGGUCUCAAACAUGCCACAGGUGAAGCCAUGUUUUGUGAUGACAUCCCCAGGGUGGAAAAGGAACUUUUCAUGGCCUUGGUGACCAGUACCAGAGCCCAUGCAAAAAUUAUAUCAAUUGAUUUGUCCAAGGCCCUUGAAUUGCCCGGGGUAGUUGAUGUGAUAACAGCUGAAGACAUUCCAGGCACCAAUGGUACUGAAGAUGAGAAAUUGUUGGCUGUAGAUGAGGUACUUUGUGUGGGUCAAAUCAUCUGUGCUGUGGCUGCAGAGACAGAUGUACAGGCGAAGCGUGCAAUUGAAGAGAUAAAGAUCACCUAUGAAGAUCUGGAGCCCGUAAUCGUCACCAUCGAGGAUGCCAUAAAACACAACUCAUUCCUGUGCCCUGAGAAGAAACUUGAACAAGGAAACAUUGAGGAAGCAUUUGAAAAAGUCGAUCAAAUUGUUGAAGGAGAGGUCCAUGUUGGAGGACAGGAACACUUUUACAUGGAAACACAAAGAGUGCUUGUUAUUCCAAAGACAGAGGACAACGAACUGGACAUCUAUGUGUCAACACAGGAUCCAGCCCACGUGCAGAAAACAGUGUCUUCUACUUUAAACAUCCCAGGCAACAGGAUCACCUGUCAUGUGAAACGAGUGGGUGGAGGUUUUGGCGGGAAAGUGGGAAAAUCAGCUGUGUUCGGAGCUAUUGCAGCUGUGGGUGCCAUCAAAACUGGUCACCCUGUUCGUCUUGUUCUUGAUCGUGAAGAUGACAUGUUAAUAACUGGGGGAAGACACCCAUUAUUUGGAAAAUAUAAAGUGGGAUUCAUGAACAACGGGCGGAUCAAAGCUCUAGACAUUGAGUGCUUCAUUAACGGAGGGUGCACACUGGACGACUCGGAGCAGGUAACAGAAUUCCUUGUACUAAAGCUGGAAAAUGCAUAUAAAAUCCGAAACCUCAGGUUCCGGGGCCGUGCCUGUAGGACCAACUUACCAUCCAACACGGCCUUUCGUGGAUAUGGCUUCCCACAAGGGACCCUGGUAACAGAAUCUUGCAUCACAGCUGUGGCAGCCAAAUGUGGCCUUCUGCCAGAGAAGGUUAGGGAGAAAAACAUGUACAAAACUGUGGAUAAAACCAUCUACAAACAAGCCUUCAGCCCCGAGAACCUGAUACGAUGUUGGGACGAAUGUCUGGACAAGUCUUCCCUUGGCAGCAGAAGAAAGCAAGUGGAAGCAUUUAAUAAGAAGAAUUACUGGAAGAAGAAAGGACUUGCCAUUAUCCCCAUGAAGUUUUCAGUCGGCUUUGGUGCCACUAGCUACCAUCAGGCAGCUGCACUGGUUCAUAUCUACACAGACGGGUCUGUAUUGGUCACACACGGAGGCAACGAACUGGGACAAGGUAUUCACACCAAAAUGCUACAGGUGGCCAGCCGUGAAUUAAAAAUACCCAUGUCUUACAUGCACAUCUGUGAGACAAGUACAGCUACGGUGCCUAAUACAAUUGCUACAGCUGCCUCCAUCGGUUCAGAUGUCAAUGGAAGAGCCGUGCAGAACGCUUGUCAGAUCCUUCUGAAACGCCUUGAGCCCAUCAUUAAGAAAAAUCCAGAAGGUUCCUGGGAAGACUGGAUAGAAGCUGCUUUUGAACAAAGAAUCAGUCUCUCGGCCACAGGAUACUUCAGGGGCUACAAGGCCUUCAUGGACUGGGAGAAGGGGGAGGGAGACCCGUUUCCUUACUAUGUCUACGGAGCAGCCUGCUCUGAGGUGGAAAUCGACUGCCUGACAGGAGCCCACAAGAAAAUCAGAACAGACAUUGUCAUGGAUGCGUGUUGCAGCCUGAACCCAGCCAUUGAUAUCGGGCAGGUCGAAGGUGCGUUUAUCCAGGGCAUGGGCCUUUACACCACUGAAGAGCUGAAAUAUUCCCCGGAAGGUGUCCUGUACUCGCGAGGCCCAGAUGACUACAAAAUUCCAACCAUCACGGACGUCCCAGAGGAGUUCAAUGUCUCCUUGUUGCCGGCAUCCCAAACCCCACUAACCAUCUAUUCCUCCAAGGGCCUGGGGGAGUCCGGAAUGUUCCUGGGGUCAUCUGUAUUCUUUGCCAUCACUGAUGCUGUGGCCGCCGCACGCAGAGAGAGAGACCUAGCCGAAGACUUCACAGUGAAGAGCCCAGCAACACCUGAGUGGGUCCGGAUGGCCUGUGCAGACCGGUUCACAGAGAUGAUCCCAAGAGAUGACCCUAAGACAUUUAGACCUUGGUCUAUCCCUAUAGCAUAGCACUGCUGUCAUUUUUCUAAAAGGUGCUUCAGUUUUCUACAAGUGAAAAGAUGGCUUGUUAAUCCUAACUGGACGCCACACUGAUAUUCUUAUACUGAUGUGAAGAAGAAAAAAAUGACACAAAACUUAGAAACAUUAUUCAAGUCUGAUUACCUUGACAAGAUGAAUCAUUAUUUACGAAUCAUUAAUUUAGACUUUCUAGCCUAGAGGCCACCAGACAACCACUGGGAUAGUCACAGCAAUCAAGUUUAAUGCUAAGUUGUUUCUGACAACAUCAUGUCAAUAUUGCUGUAAAAGCAAAUCUUUCCUUUGUGUUUAUCCAGUAUCAUUGGACUGUAACGCAGGCUACAAUCCUAGAAUGAAAGACACUUCCCAGUAGAUAAGCAUGUGAUUACUUUCCCCAGGGAUGUGUUUGAUUCAGUGGCCACAGGUAGGGACACCACAGAGUUCUACAAGGUUUGAUUUUAUUUUGUUUUUACUGUGGAUUAGCUAUGGGUCCCUGUAUGUGCAUUUGACAGCAAAGCAGUUGUAUUUUCCUCAUUGUAAAUGAGCUAUUCAACUGGUUGAUAUUCUUUUGGAAUUUGGAGGGCAAAAGCAUUGUAAAAAUCGUUUUCAGUGUAGUAUCAUAAAACCCUUUUACUUCUUAAAUCUGUUUAUAAAAAACACCUGAUCUGGUAUCAGAAUUUCAGGAAAACUUCAUUGCUCCAUUUCCCAUAUAUUGAAGUGGGUAACACAGAGCGAAAAAAAAUUCUAAAUUGUAAUCACCCCUAUGUUGAAGUUGGAAACAUGCAGGGUCCACCAAAUUUUAUUCCUUGGUUUUAGGGGCCUUCAGAGAAGGAGAAACCAGCAAAUGAAUUAUUUCGUAUUUGACCAGAAAGUCAGGGAGUAAACUGACACUCUAUCAACCAGAAUUCAUAUGAUCAGGCUCACCAAGCCUUCCACUACAGUGACUCCUUGAAGCGAAUGGAGGAUAGGCCGAGCUGAGCGAGUUUGGUGGUUGGUGAGAGAAGGUAAACAUUAGACAUGCCUUACAGCCUGGAGGAGGUUGAAGGUCACGGGAGGCACUGAGCCCAUGUGAUUGAAGGGACUGGGACACAGCUGUUCACAGGCCCAUCCGCUGACUUUGGAGGCUCCACUAGGGCACAAGAGUCCAAGGGAGAAAGUGGGACAGGAGCACCAGGAGAAAGGAGACAGGAGCAGAGGGGUCAUGGGCAGGACAAAAUUUACGAAAGAUUUCUGAACACAUGAGCAGAAGAGUUGGGGAACUUAGUGGGAGCAGCCGGGGUAAAAUAAGUUGAAAUAAAAAGAUGUUUUAGCCCUGGCCAUGGUGGCUCAGUUGGUUGAGCAUCAUCCCGUGCACCAAAAGUUUACUG